AUGGCAACCGGUGGUGUGAAGGAAGUAGGAGGAUGGCAACCAAUGGUGCAUGGGAGAAGGAAGCAGCUAUGGAGGUGUGAAGAGAUUGACAGAAAGGAUAAUGCUAUUUACACAGUUUUUGUUGAUAACAUUCCAUGGUCCAUGACUCCAAAGGGUCUUUACUCUCUGUUUGGAAAGUUUGGGGUUGUAAGUGAUAUGUUCAUUCCAAACAAGAUAAGAAAAGUUACAAAGACAAGAUUUGGCUUUGUCAGAUACGAUUGUCAUGUUGCAGCAUCUAUGGGGAUCCAAGAAGGAAAUGGUUUGUGGUGUGAUGACAAGGUGUUGAAGGUCAAGGAAGCAGAGUUUGGGAAAGAUCCAAGGGAAAAACUCAGCCGUACAAUCCAAGUAGUCACCGAUGGAGGAAGGGAAAGAAAUACCGUAGGAAGCUUAAAAGAGCAAAUGGAUAAGACAGGGCUAAGGAGUACAGGAUUUAAGUCCUAUGCUGAGGUUGUGAACAAUGACUCAUGCAAAGUGUAUAAAGAACACACAAUUGUCGCUCAUAAAGUGGGGAAUGAGUGGUUGUUUGACAGCCUCUUUGUGAAGUUAAAGAGUUAUCACGCUUUUUCCAUUUUUCAGAAAAGCAGUUCUUGA